CUUAUCCUUACCAUUUCCUCGAUGCUGCUGCAAGAUACCACUACUGACACAACCACCCUCAGUUAUUGGCUAAAUUGGAGGGUAUAUCUGUGUGCAGUUUGUGUUUUGCUGCCUAUGGUUCUUGCGUUUCUUGUAAUAUGGAAGUAUGAAAAUGCAAGGAACUUUACAUCUGGCAAAGGAGAAAACCAGCAAGACAGGACUUUAUCUGGUGAUGAAACAUGGAAACCAUGCCUUAAAGAAAUUCACCCUCUUUAUUUGCUAGGUUUUCGAGUUAUUGCAUUCUCUUCUCUUUUGGCAACAAUAGUUGCCAAAAUUCGUAUCAAUGGUGGCACCAUAUUUUAUUAUUACACUCAGUGGACCUUCACGUUGGUUACAAUAUAUUUUGGGUAUGCAUGUAUGCUAUCAGUGUAUGGGUGUCAUCAGUAUAGAAAAACAUCAAGCACCACCUUUAAUGUUAAUAUUGCUAGAAUAGAUGAAGAGCAAGGACCAAACAUGCCUCUCUUACAUCAAGAUGCUACAAAUAUGUCUAGAAUGGAACGCCUUGCUGAUCCCCAUGUUGAAAUACAUAAGAAUCGAGUUGCUCCCAUUUGGAGUUACAUUUUUCAAAUUUUAUUCCAGAUGAAUGCAGGGGCGGUGAUGCUCACAGAUGCCGUUUAUUGGUUCAUUAUAUUUCCAUUUCUUACCCUGAGGGAUUUCGAUUUUACCUUUAUGACAGUGAACAUGCAUACACUCAAUGUUAUAUUGCUCCUUGGAGAUGCAGCUCUAAAUUGUCUGCGAAUACACUGGUUUGGGAUAUCUUUCUUUGUGUUAUGGACAGGUGUUUACGUAAUUUUUCAGUGGAUUAUUCAUGCUUGUGUCUCAAUUUGGUGGCCAUACCCAUUUCUUGAUUUGUCAUCACCUUAUGCUCCUUUGUGUUACUUGUUGGUUGCAUUGUUGCAUAUUCCAUGUUAUGGCUUCUUUUUGCUGAUUGUGGAAAUGAAACAUUAUUUCUUGGCAAAAUGGUUCCCCAUCUCAUAUCAGUGCUAAAGAUCGAGUGGCAUCACAGUUGGGGGUCCCUUUAGAGCCAGAUGCAAUUUGUUCUGCACCAAAACUUCAUCUAGCUCUCCCAACUGCAAGGUUGAUGGUUGUUGAGCUGUGUUACAUGCUCGUGGCUCAAACAAACAACUGAAAUUCAGCCAAUAGGGUAAUGUGAAGCUUCCAGAACUGCUUCCCAGAGCAAAGGUGAAGCAGUAUUUAUGUAGGAGCAAGUGGAGGAAGGAACAUUCUAUUUUAUGGAUUGUUCCUAUUCUUCAAUAGUUGGAAUCAGUUUUGCUGUCAGAUAAUCGGGAUAUCCAUCUACGUGUGGAGGACUUAUGUUCAAUAUCACAUUGAGUCCACUGAGAUGAUAUAUACCUGUUAUUGUUGAUUGUAAUAGAAACAUUUUGUAGUCCCUCAGUUAAGACUUAAGUCUACCUAUGUAGACCCGAAAGAAAAAGUUUUUGAGUCU